AUGAAACGAACAGCAGAGGAUACGACCGCCAGUUCCCGCAAACGAAAUCGUGCACUGGACUCAUUCGACCCCUCCCUCAAGCGUGAUGCCUCCCGUCUGCUCGAUGCUCCCCUCGAUGAGUCUGGUUUCAUCUUUGGGCGCAUAUACAUGAUAUGGUCUACAAAGCCUCUACGCGGGUUUAUGAUGGAGUCAGACUAUCAUGGCUGCACCUCGCGUUUCAAAGUUCAACUUCUGGGGCGCGCUGCAGAGGCCUGUACUUCCCACAUAACACCAAAUGGGAGGAUAUAUCUGGGCCUCAAGGGCGCCACUGUGCAGCGCGUCGAUCCGCAAAGGCCAGAUCAUUUACCGUUGCAGCUAAGUUACUCCAUGGGUAUUGUCAUCAAGUUUAUGCCCAAGGAUGGUCGAGGGACACCAACGGUAAUCAACUCUUGGGAUGAUGGUUGGUUCACUUCGGACGUUGGUACCUCUGCAGAGAGUGUGUUAGCGUUCAUUAAUGCUGAGAAAAAGGCUGCUGAGCAAGCUAUUGCUACCGAUCAACCGAACAAGACCGCUCAGCGCAAAGCUCGGAAAGCAGCCUACAGACAGGCGGAAGAAGAAAAGCAGCGCGCUUUGGAAAAGCAACUACAAGCAGAAGAAGGACCAGCUGCUGAGACGUCGACACCGAUUCCACAAAAGAAACAUUUUACAAACUCGAAGUCUCACAGUGGAUCGCCAACUCCUGGCGAUCACAAAAGGCGUCCAUCUACUUCGCCUCCGUCUUCUCCACCAGGUAGAGUUACCGCUCCAGUAGGGGGGAAUGCUGUCCCAAAAGAUACUGCAAAUUACACUGCCGAAGAUGCCCGAGGCAAGGUUCAGCGCGAUGAGACUGGGCGAACUAACGCCAAACCAACUAUGACCGCUGGUUUCCGUUCGGAAUAUGUAACGACAUGGAACUCUUCGGUCUCUGCUGUCGGUUACUCAGACAAAUUCCGGUGGGCCGUUUACGACGCCGUGAAACACGCUGUGGCCCCAGUAGCUUUGGGCAAUGCACCACAAGAAGAGAUGAUUAAUGAUGGGUAUGGCUAUACCUACUCACCUUUCUGGGCGCCUAUCGACGAUGGCCUGGAGCUUGGGUAUUGUCGCCAGUUGAAAGAGUGGUGGGACCGGGCGCAGAGGAAGGCGGCGGAAACCGAGGUCAUUAACAUUGGUGAUUGGCAGGGUGGGGGACCCACAACCACAAAAGGCUGGAUUGACAAGCGGACGGCUUCCAAAACCCGAGUGCACCGCCUUAUGCAGGAUGCUUCUCCCGAUGCUCCUCCUAGUGGCUUUUUUGACUGUACUGUUGAAAUUUUGAGUGGGUUCAAGCCAGAUGAGCCAGGGAGGCCAUACUCCAUCUACGUGACAGACUACACUCCGAACCCCAAUGUGUAUUCGUUCCCUCCAGAUUCCUCAAUGUCCCAGUCUACCUGUCCACCAGCUUUGCAGGGCACUCAGCUCGUGCUCAAGGUAGAAUUGUGGGAUGCCUCUGCAGCGCUUGGACCUACCAUGGACAUUGGCGACGUGUGGUUUCUGAGGAAUGUGCGAAUGAAGCUUGCUAGGAACGGCCUUUUCGAAGGCAGUAUGCAAGAAGCUGACCGAUCUAGACGGCUUGGUAAUUCCGAGCCGGAAGAUGGUGACUCUGCGGCAGUUUCUUCCACAGACGUACACUUCGAGGCGUUAUUAAAGCGCAAGAAGGCAUGGGAAAAGCAGUGUGGCAAAGCUAUACGUCCCGUUGGCUCAGGAGGCGCCUCCACAAAGUUCGACUCGAAAUUGAUUGAGGAUGUUGACUGGACUGGCGGUAGCUCGUUCUUCAAUUGCGCUGUCGAGAUGCUGCACAUUGAUCUUGUAUCUCCCGAAGCUCCGCUAGCAUUUGUAACAGAUUAUACCUACAACCAGGCACUACCAUCCUUCGCCACUCUCCCGGGCAGCUAUGAAGUGCCUUUGGACGCUUUGUGCCGCCGCAUUGUCCGUAUACAUCUUGAGGGUGAUCAGGCCGACAGAGCAAGCAAGUGGAAAGUCGGACACGUGUAUGAAAUCAAUAACCUCAGGGCUAUCAGGCGCUCGGGGAUUGCUGUAGGACGCCUUGGAGGCUCGGAGAUGCUUACAUUACACAAAGGUCCUGCUAGUCAAGAUGCAAGCGGAUCGACGGAUUCCGUCAUCGCUGCGCUUCUAGAACAGAAAGCGCGGUGGCGACGUGACGCCUCACUAGAGGGCCACUGUCUGGAGGAUAGAAGACAACCUUCGCCGAUCAAAGUUACAGAGAAAGUGGCGGAAGAAUUCUCUAAGGCGACAGCUCGGCCGUCGGAAGCACCUCAAGACGCUUCGUCACCCAGGACAUAUUCCACACUCAAAGAGAUUAAAGCCAGUGAUCAAUGCCCAAGACAUUUUACAACGCAUGCUCGUGUUGUUGAUUAUUGGCCAUUGAGAUUGAGGGAUGCCUGCAUCCUCAGGUGCACGAGCUGUAAUGUUGAUCUACCGUCGAUACAGCGCUUCUGCUCAGAGUGUGCGAGCGACGAUGAUGUGGAGAGUUUUUAUCGUUUGGUGUUUUUGAUCGAGGACGAAGACGGCGAACGGCUGAGGCUUUCCUUGUGCAACCCAUCGUGUUCCCUGCUAUCCGGUGUACCCGCUACAGACUUCAUGUUGGAUAAUGAUGCCUGGAGAGAGUUCCAAUCUCAGGUGCGGCCGUUCAUAGGAAAUUUGGAAGAAGUGCAUGCAACUUUCGAUGAGGGCAUGCGUAACAGGGACAGUGUCCCAAUCAAACCUGACACACCCUUUACUCGCAUGGACAUACAGAACUGGCCAGUUAGUCACAAGUGCAUAGGUGGUGAUGCGCACACUCGCCGUGAAGAAGCGUGCGGAUGUGACCGAGCUUACGCGCUGCUGAAAUGUGAACUCGUCUGAGCUCGCUUUAUAGGCUAUGAAUACUGUACAUUAUUUCUAGCUUAUUGUUCCUACUCCGUAGUAUCAGGAUAAUUGACACCGCCAUUAGC